AUGGCGUGCCCCGACGAGUUCCUGCCGUGCCUGACCGCGGCGCUGGAGGACGCGCUGGCGAGGCCGGGGAUCUCCACGGGCGGGUUCGUGCGGGCGUGCACGGUGCUCCUGCCGGUGUUUGACAAAUUGGGAACUGUGUUCAACUUCGCCAAGGUGGAAUUUUCACAAAAGAAUGAGAGCCUGGACCGCGUCAUCAACCGUUAUCCCACCUUGGCAGAAUUGGUCAACGAAGACAAGAGGGUGGGCAAGGCUUUGUUUACCUUAAAUUCCUCGACAGCCAUACCUUUAUUGCUGAAUCGAUGCAGAAUUGGAGCACUACUUAUGCCCAGGCUGUUGCUAGAAGACAGUAUGUGCCUCAAACCCGCACACGUUUGA